UAAACCAUCGGAAAUUAAACCGCCAGCGUCGAAAAUGGCUACUUGUGGAGCAUGAGCAGUCGACAAAUUUCUUCACUUCUGACCGGCAUUCUCAAAUAGACUGUACAAAGUGCUUUGCAUUUUAUUGUUAACGGAAUUAAGAUGGCCUCAGGUGGAUAUCAUUCCAAUAAGCAGGCCAAGUCUGAAACAAAGCGUCGUAGCAACUGGCAGCGCUCCGUGAGUUCCGACAGAGAUGAUGCUCAGAGUUUGAACAGCUUUCCCAGUGACAUUCGGAUUAAUAAUUGGGACUUGAGUGAUCUCCGUCCAACUAACUUAACUGGUGACUCUAAGCGAAGGAAAAAGUCAAAGGGAAAUCCAGAGAGGGAACGCGAGCAGUCUUUGUCAAUGGAUUCACCGCCCCAUGGAGAUGGAAAACAGCACACCCCCUCCACCUAUCCCCGCACUAAACUGACUCCCAGCACACCGACCUCACAAAGGGUCGCCCUGGAGAAUUUGAAACAGCACAUGACGUUCAGUGAUCUAGAAGAUCAAGUUAGCACAGAUGGUGAAAGGAAUAAUGAGCGGCAGUUUUCUCAGAGUAGGCGCAGGCUGCAGAAUGCAUCGUUCAAUAGAACCGAGUCGGACACAGAUGGCAAAGGGGCCAGAGAGAGGCGAGUGAAUAGGAAUAACAACAUGGACUAUUCUGCUAACAGGGAGUCUGGUGUAAGUCCGGACAGGAAUGAGAUAGUGGCUCGUCUCAUGCAGAUUCGGGACUUCAUGAAGCAAGCAAAAUCAAUGAUGGAAGGUAUGGAGAAGCUAGGAGAUCGGAAAAAAGCAGAAGAUGUUGAGAAGGUGAGACGACUUAUUCGAAAUUUGCAAGAGCAAGAACAAGGAUACAGAGGACUGCUUCAAAAUUCUCGGGCUCAGAGAGAUGGAGAGAAUGAUGAUGUUGAAGAAGAGCGAGAGGACACUGCUGUCAAAAUGGAGUCAAAGGAGGAUUCUGAUGAUUCGUCUGUCGAUUUGGAAUUCCAGAACUCCGAAACUUCCGAAAACUCUGAGGGCUCUCGACCACGCAUUGAAUCAAAACUUGGACUUGGGUCUGACGAUGAGGAAGAUGCGUUUGCAGAAGCAUUGAGAGGGGCAGUCGGCAGCACUGUUGAGAACUCAAAUUCCAAUAGAACAAUGGAAGCGGUGGAGAAUGCCCUUGAACAACAGCUGCUCACUCUCCCUGGGGUUCCAAUGCAAGAGACCGAAGAAGGAGCCAGUGGAGCUACUGCGGUGGAUGAUGGUGAAGGACUUUCUGCCCAUCACCAAGAGUUGCUGAAUAUUCUGAGAGAAAAGCAACAGCAACUUCAGUCCCUGAUGAGCCGACAAGAGGAACUCAAUUUGAAGCGUAGGGAGACUGAGAAAAAAUUGUUGGACGCACAAGCCAGGGAUAACAAAGCAAGGGCAGCUCUCGCCUUGGUCAGCACAAAUAAACAAAUAGUCCAGAAACAGCUGAUGGCCGAGCAAGCCCAAAGCCUGGACCUUAUGGCUGCCAUAGCCAGCAGAGGUGGUAUGGCUCAGGAAGAGGAUGAGCUGGAGGAUAAUGAAGAGGAGGAGGAGGAGGAAGAAGAGCAGAAAGGAGCUGUGGGUGGUGACAGUGGAGUGCUCAAGUCAAACAUUGUAGGCUACCCGGAGUCAGAUGAUGAAGAUAAUUCCAACGUUCGGGAAGUGGAGGGUGCAAGCUUGCCCAAUGAGUUGCUUGAGUUGAAGAGGCAGCUCAACUUUCUGCGAAAUGAAUUUUCUAGAAGUGACGAAGGGCAAAAGAAUAUGGAGGUGGAAAGUCAAGCCCUGACAGAGGAUCGACAACAGCUGCAGAAUAAACUGUUGGAGCUCCAAACCAAGAAAUCUCGUAUGGAUAAGCUGCUUCAUGAACUGCAGAUGCUUCAUGAACAACCGCUGGCAAACCCACGGAAUAAUGAGUCACAGCCUUUGCUGAGUGGCAGUAGUCAAGCUCUUUUAACCAACAUCCCGUCAUCUGGAGCCCAGCCUAAACAGAGAGCGCAGCAGGCUCAGCUGCCAACCCCACCUCCCUUGCCCCCGUUACCUUCCUUUCCCAACAUGGCUGCCAGCUCGAGCUUGCCCGCCAGUCUGCAGACUCGAAUGAAUGAUGUAGCGACUGCUGCUCCAAGUGCUUUAGAGAGUGCAAUGGCAACAUUUUCUGAACUGGCUAGUGCUGAUGGGGAGAAUAAUAUGGAUCCACAGAUGUACUCUGAAGUGACUGAGAAACUGAGGCGUCUGAAAGAAGUCCGAGGACAGCUGGAUCAGUUACGUGGAUUAGUCCAGUAUUAUCAAACUCAGAAAGAUGACAUGGAAGCAAGGGAUGGGGACGACCAGUCUUCCUUGCCAGGUUUCAGCGACAGUGGAGAAAGAGCUCUUUCGAACACCCAAGCCGGCUCUGACCUCCGGGGAAGUCGUUCAUCGCUGCAACAACGUCAGCCCCAACAACAGCUGGACCUCCUUCUGCUUCAGCAACAACAGCAGCAGCAGCAACAGCACCAGCAGCAACAAAAACAACAAAAGCGGUGGGCUAAAGAGGAAGAGAAUGCUUCUGCUGCUGUAGCAGCGGCAUCCUCUCUACAGAACAUGGCUCAGCUGCUGAACUUGGCCGGGGCAGACCAAGGUGAUGAGCACUCGGAUGAGGACAAUGCCUCUGUUUCGCAGUCAGAUUCUCAGUGGUCACAUCUAGGCCCCUGGGAUGAUGACCCGGAGAUUCAAGAGAAAGUCAAGAAAUUGAAGGCAGCCAAAGAAAAACUUCGUCAGCUCCAGGACCUGGUGGCUUUUGUCCAGCAGUCGCCCGACGCUGCCCGGGCUCUCCCUGAGAACCUGGGGGACCUGGCGGCCAGUGUAGCGGAAGAGGCCGUGUCACAGGCCACACAGACAGAUGAGCCUAACGUCUCCGUGAGCGAGGGGGAGGUGCCCAUUGAUGCUCAGAGGAGAGAAGAGAUGGAUGCCAUCGAUGGUCUUGAGAACCCAAGAGCUGAGCUGGAGCGGCUGAGGAAGGAAAGGACACGUCUGUUGGAGCUACAGAGUCAGCUGAAGCAGAUGCACGACAUUGUUGGCGGGAACUCUGGGGACCAGGAUGAGAGAUCGGAGCAGAGCAGAGAUAUGGGAAAGUCUGGACAGGAGCAAGCUCCCAAUGCCACUGUUGUUACUUUUGCAUCAAAUGAUGAACUGUACAGUAAAAUGAGACGCCAAAGAAUUUUGAGGGAAGAGCUGAGAUCGAAAAAGAAAGAACUGGAGGCUAUUAUGAAGAAAGACAGAAACAAGAGACAAUACUCAAGGAAUCAAGACAAUCAAAGUGACACUGUGUCGCUUAACACAGAUACUUUCGGCAUCCCAGCCAGUGUCGAUGCCACCAUGGCCACAUGGGGUGGAUCAACUGUUGACAAUCUUGAAAACAUCACAGAGGAUGAAGAUGGACAGGAGAGGAACGACAGAGUUAAUGGGGAUGAAGAUGGAGUUGAUGAUGGUUACCCUAGUGAUGGAAUCGUCCAGGUGGAGGAGGAAGAAGAAGAAAACGACAGUGACAAUGGUACUUACACCAUAGAGGCUGACGCUCGUCACAGAAAGUCUCUUAGAAAAGGUGCCAGCAUGGGCAUAGGUGCCCGACCAAAGACUUCCAGAGGCAGACAGACAUUCCCCCAGCCCAGCUAUAAUGAUAGAAAUACAAAGAAACCACAAAGGAAAGAAAGUAACAGAAAGUCUCAAAGAAGGAAUAGAGAAGCCAAACUUCGUCAAGAGAACUAUCGAUCCGCUGAAGAGAUUAUGCAGGAUGAUGAAGUGAAAGGAAAGAGUGGAGAGUGGUUUAGGGUGGUGGAGGAUCGCCUCAGCAAUCUCAGUGGUUCAGUGGAAGCUUUACUGAGGAAGUCGGAAUCGGAGAACCGACAGCUGAGUGUUUCGCUCAGUCAAGAAAAUGCCCCUCAAGGAGGCAGCCUCCUGAACCCUGUCCAAGAGCAGAUGCUCCAGUUGCAGAACCAGUCGAUGAUGCUGAGCUUUGGCCAGUUGGUCCAGUCUCUGUCCAGGCAGCAGGUGGACAUGCAGCAGCUACAGCAACAGAUGCAGAUGUUGCAACUUCAGGUACAAGAGUAUCAAGGUGAUCACAGUUUUCAGAACUUGACUCCUGGUGCAGGGCCGGUUUUACGUCCAGCUCUCUCCACGACAGCUUUGAACAACAGCAAUUACAACCUACAGGCUGCUACCACUGUAGGGGCCCAGUCAAUCAGCCUUAGUCGGCACCAGACUUCCCUGAACAACACAGCCCCAGCAGGAUUCUUAAGCAGUCACAGUCCUGGUCUCCGAGGUCCUAACCCAUCCUCUGGACAUGGUCUUUCCUCCAGCAACCUUUCUCUCGGUGGGCAGGGCCCUGGACUUUCAAGCAGCCUGGCUCAUCUUGGGACAGGGCUCAGUGUCAACACAGGCUCCCACUCGUCUUUACCACAACAAAGCACAGGCUCCGGAUUUGUUUUCAACCCCUUGGGCCAGUCCACUUUAGUUUCUAUGCCUCAGCAAAGCAAUGUCCACCUGUCCCAUGGGGGCUCCUCUGCCUCAACCAUGACCCGAGACUUCAGCCAGUUUGUGAACACCCUUACACCUAACUCAGCCUCACAAGCCGACUCCCUUGCCCAGUUCUCUAACCUGUUUGGCUCUAGCAGCCAGCAGCAGCAGCCUCAAGGUAUGGGGUCCGGGUUCCCCUCGUUCUUCUCACAGAAUGUCAACGAUGACGGGAACGAUGAGGACGGAGACCAGGAGUUGGACGAGAGCCCUGUGCCCAGAAUGAGUUCCUACUUGAAGCCUGAACUUCAAAAGCAGGGCAAAAGAAAGCAAGGCAGCAGAGUUAAGAAAUCUGAAAGUGACCCAACUUCAGGUCUGAGAAUGUCAACGCCUAAAGUGGAGAACUCCUUGAGUAGAAGUCGGGAGGCACUGGCAUCUCGCAAGCGCUUGUCUCAGCGUGAGGGUGGAGUGAGUUACCGCUCAGGGACCAGCUCUGGAGGUGCUGAUGCGGCUGCCUACGCCUCGCUCAUUGCUGGAGCGGAGGGGGAUGCUGGCUCAAGCUUCUCCAGCAUUCAGUCCAUCAAGGAUGAGCAUUCCAGACAGAGAAAUGAACAGACUAGUGCAAAAUCCAUAGACCUGCCUGAUGACAACAACACCCUGUUUGAAACGCUGAGAGAGACCAUCUACUCGGAGGUUGCUUCCCUCAUCUCCCAGAACCAGAGCAGACCCCAGUUUCUCCUGGAGCUGUUCCGUGAGAUGCGGCAAGUGGACUCAGACUUCAUGAGGCAGCGGACGCUUAACUCCUUACAGGAUGUGAUCAAUACCACACUCAAGUCGGGCAGCGCAUCUUCUUCGAAUGCUCCUGCUUGGUUGAAAGCUGCCAACACUGCAGACACAGCCAACUCUGAACAAACACCCAGUGAGAGUGUUACUUCUGAGGAUGACGAAGAAUUGCAGGUUACCCGCCUUCAAGAACAGAUCACCCAGGCAGAAAGGAGUCUUCUUGGCAGGCUGAGUCGGGACACCGGUCCUCUUCGUAACUUUCCUUUCGACUACGCAGAGGCUGCAGAUCACCCCAGCUCUCUGUCGACGCCCACAAAUGGGACCGAAGACUCACCUUUUUUUCAGGAUGCCCUGGGAGAGACAGUGAUAGAAUUUCAGAGUCUGAGACUUAAGGAGGCGGAGAGGCUGCAGUCCUCCCAGGGUAGAGGAGGAGGAGGUAGAAAAGAGGGGUCAAAGAGGCAGGGGCCACAGGCUGAGGGAGGGAGGAGAACUCAGUCUAGAUGGGGUGAGAGCGGCUUUCUGUCAUCACACCAGUUACUGACAGACAUCAAAAGGCGAGGUCGCGAGGAUCGUCGUGGCCGGGAGGAGCUUGGAGCUACUGCUGCGGCAGGGAAACUGUUGUUGGAUUCACAGACCAGCGAGGUGGCCAGCAGCUCGGCUAUGGACCAGGCCAGUGAGAGUUCUUUCUCUGACGUGCCAUAUCCUCGCAUUGACAUGAAGGAGCUGGACCGUCAGAUCAAGGACAUCAUGAUGGAGACAAUCCCUGUGGUGAAGCUGCACAUGGAGGACGUCUGCUCCCCGCAGCUGUUGGCCUACAUCAAGCGUCUGGUGCUCUCCCUCACGGCACAGCUGGGCAACCAGGAGUUUGCCCGAUUCUUCCAGCGCCAGCUCGCCUCCAUCCUGCAGGACACGCUGAACAAAUACGAGGGGCGCAAAAUGCGAGAGUGUGGUGAAGACUUGCUGGUAGAAAUGUCGGACGUCCUCUUCAAUGAGCUUGCUUUUUUCAAACUGAUGCAGGACUUGGAUGACCCCAAUGUGGCUGGGAAAAUCCGGGCUGCAGAGUGGCCCAGUCAGAUGUCCCAAGAGAGAGAAGAUGAGGGUCUGGAUUAUAAUGCAGACUCAAGCUCUACGGAAGAGGAUGGUGAUGAUGAGGAUGAGAAUUGUGACAGGAACAGAGAUGGGACAGAUAAUGCUGCCCCUGGCAUGGACAAAGCCCAGCAGGGUUUCCGCAUCUCUGAAGCCGAGCAAGAUGUACUUGGAAGAGAGCGAGAUGACGAGAUGGCGAAUGAAGUGUGUAUCCGAGAUGCAGAGGAGAAAGACGAUAAUGACCCUGAGCAGUCAUACAAAAUAGAGCUGGCUCCGAGUGAAACGAAACCAUUCACAAGGAUUGGAAGUGAUGAGGACGACUCUGAUGGUGAUGAAGAGCAGAGCAUGGAGGAUCCGAGCGAGACAGCGGUGAGCCGUGACUCUAUGCUGGAAAAUGGCCAGACCUUCGCUCCCAACAACAACAAUAACUCUGCCGCCCAGCACUCUGUCCGUCCAGAGACAGAAGGCGCUCAGGGCUCGGCUGUGGACAGCGUGACGCUUCGAAGCAACGGUGCGGAGAAACAGGACCAGGAGAAGCCCGUGGCGGCUGUUGCAACAGCGGUGUCAGGGAAUGUGGGCUCCUCGUCUUCGCCUGGCUCUAAGAUGGUCACCACUGCUGCAGCUCGUGGUGAAGUAGAUGGGACUACUAGCACUGCUCAGAUGAAUGGAUCGAUCAAUGGGAGAAAUAACAGCGAGGAUGAUGAGCUAACAGUGGACGACCUGCCCGAAAGGCUGACAGUUCCACCAGCUUCGACGUCGGCAGCAGCUGUCACAAACGUCAGCGCAUCAUCCACCAGCACGACAUCGACUGCGUCUGCUGCCAACAGCACGGCCAACAACACUCCAGAACUGAGAUGGAAAAUGGAAGAGGAGCAGCAUUCUGUGAGUGGUCUUGAAGCUGUCCUUGCAUCUCUCGAAGGCUUCCAAGAGCUGGCUGGUGACCCACAAGCCCUGAUAGACCCGGAUUCCUUCAUUUCCUAAUGUACAGUUUGUCACCCCACCCCCAUCUCAUUGUGCAUCCAGAACUCUCUGGCUUUUUCCUCUGUUUCUCUGAAGCAUUGGUGCACUAUGCAACAUAUUAUAUAAUAGACUUUGUUCAUUAUAAGUUGGAAGUCGUAUGGUUAUUUCUACCAAGUGUAUGAGGUCAUUAUGUUAAAGUUUUUCACGGACUCAAAAGGGGAUUUUUUCCAACAUUCAUUUGUGGUCACCUUUGAGGAUCUGAUUUUUUGUGAGCGUGUUGUUGUGGAAAGUGUUGUGUUCUAUGGAAGAGUUCAAACUGAUUUCUUACAGAGUUUGUGAUGGGAACUUUUUUUCACUUUUGUUCUUCUACUUGUGUUUCUUUGGAUCUAAGUUUUAUAUAGUAUGUGUGGUGACAGGCAAGUUGUCCUUUCUCUUGCUGUACCACCCCAAAAAAAAAGAAAUCUUUUCCCAUGUCCCUUUUCUGAUUUGUGUUACAAUAAAGCAAUGUCCAUGAUUCGGUUUUGUGUUCUAGCCUUCCCUGUUCUUAAAUAUUCUUGCCUUACUGAUACUAGUAAUGCAACUGACGUCCAAGUCUUAUCAUUUGUUGUUCUGUUGAUGUGCUGACAACUUUUUUUUUUUAAUUCACAAUUAUGAAUAAUUUUUUUCCUACUACAGUGUUGUUGAUGUCAGACAAAUGUUCGUCCUCCGUUCUGUGUGAAUGUGAAGGUAAUUUGAGAUUUUUCUUCUUGUCCUAUCAAGUCCCUUUUUAAUGAUUGUAGAAAUAGUUUUAAAUGAUACCGUUUGUCUCGGUUAUCAAAAUGUUUCAUUAUUAAUGUCAACUAUUGUUGCGUGAAUGGAUUAUCAAAACAGUGUAGUGUGUGGAGGUGUGAUCUAUCAAAAUCAAAUAAUAUAUCAUUCACAUCUUUCAUGAACAAAUUAUUGAAGCGUAUAUGUGCGAAAUCCUUGACCUGUCUCUCUAUACUUGAACUUUUUCAAUCUUGUUUGUAUAAAGUUUAUAGGGUUUUUAGGUGUGCAAAGUUCUUUGUUUUUGUAUUUGUAUUUGAUUUUUUAAAGCGUUAACCAUCUGGCUGAAGUGAAGCUUCUUGUUUGAAUAUGGGCUUAUCAAAAUGUAUGGUAAUGCUUAUCUCAUAGCUUACUUCCCUUAUUUUGUACUUACUAUUAAUAUUAAAUCAGUUAUGUAAGGGUUGGGUUGUUCGUCUAGCGAUGUCAUUAUCCAAUAUAUGCUUAUAAUCUGCUUGAGAACAUUGGUGUUUUAAAAGAUUAUCUAUUUGUAAGGAAGGGUCGCGAUAGCUUUUUCAAUGAGUUGGUAUAUAUCAGGGUAAACUUAUCACUUGCGGUCCUUAAAUGAGUAACCCUUCUCUUUGUUGAUGCGGUGACAAAUAAUUUGCUUUUGUGGUAACUUUUUGUUUUUGUUGUCAAAUUUUUACAUUUCUGAAAAAAUCAUUGAAUUAACCAUUUGGAGGGACAAUGUUCCUAAAUUUAUAAAUUUAUUCCCAAAACAUGGUCUGUUUCAUCGCGUUUUGGUCAGUGUCCUCACUGAUCGCUCAUGACAAGAGUUAGUGAAGUUCGUAUCAUAGUGAAUGUAAUUUCACUAGUCUUGAAGAUCUUCUUUGGAAAUAGUGGUAGUAACCUUGGAUUAUUACCCCUAGGAAAGUUGAAACAUUGUAUUGGGUUAAAGUGAGUUUUUGUCAAAGAGCUGAGAUUUUCACGAAAAGAAGCUAUUUGGGUCCCUGCUUUCUCGUCUGACUCAUUGUAACGGUACCCUUUACUUAAAGCACAGAUUUGUUCUUUACAGAGUGGCUGCAGACAGCUUUUCCUUUGUGUCCUUUUUGUAGAGUUGACUGUAGGGGAAUGUUGAAAAUCCUUCAGUCUGUUUUCAUAGUUUGCUUUUGUUGAAAUUGUUGACUGGUCAGAGCAAACAUUCCAUCCAAAUCUUCUGCUGUUGCCAUUGUGUUGGGACUAAAUAAUUGAUAUCAACUGAUGUUUUGUGACGCAGUGUACCACUUUAAUUUCUCAAAUGUUUCUCUGCUCAAAUAAGUUGUCUGUUAGUCCAAAGAUUUUUUUACCAUGUGUAAGCAUCGACCUUUUUAUUUUUGUGAUUAUCAUUCUUUGGCGCUCUUGAUUUUCAUAAACUGUUUUAAAAAUAUUUCAAAGUCAAAGGGCUGUAAACUUUAUUGAGUUUCUGGUUAAGUAUGACAGUAUGUAGUAGAGCAUACCUCGGCUCAAGUCUUUGCUGAGCAUCAUUUAAUUGUUACUUGAAUUACGUAAGUUUGGGAACAUGAUUGUUUUGGGGGUUUCAAUGAUUUUCUUGCAGUUACUGCUAUGCAAAUUAUUGCACCAUUUUAUUUCUGCUACAUUUUUUUGUACAAGUAGGUUCUGUAUUCUUUUCUUAGCCGUUUAUUGUCUACUGUUUUGUUGCAUCCAGUUGAAGCUGUCAUGGGAAUUUGCCUCGGCGGAGUUACACUAUCAGUUUAACAUGGAGCUGGCAUUAUUUUUUCCCUCUCAAAACUGCUUCCCCCCCUCCAAGUACACCCAUGUAACUGUAGACGUAGACUUGUAUGGCAGAUCUGUAAACUUUUGUCGCCUGUAUUAUUCUAUGUCUUAGAAAAGAGAUGUGUCAGCUCUAGUAAUAUAGAAUGUAUUUGAUAAUGUUCUCUGCUGUCCUAGGAAUGUUUUUCUCCUCUGAGCUUACGUCCUUCCAUUGCAGUGGGAUGUAGCACUGAACUGGUCAGAAGCUGUGCCGAACAAACGUGUAUUUGUGUAGACACAGGUUGUCCUCUUAUCAGGUGACCAAGACUGGCUACAAGAAUAUAUAUAGCUGUGAUAUAACAAUACUGCAUUCUCUUUAUGUCAAGUCUGAUGACAGCAUCAUGAAAAGUGACAUAAUACACAAAGUGAAGUUGAUGCCUGCACAUCUGUUUAAUGCUAGCUGUCUCGUAUAUAUGGGUUUGUGGUUAGCUUCUGUUGAUUUCUUCAGAAUAUGAUAAUCUGGUAUUAAAUGGAAUGUGAUGGCAUUUUCAUAUCUUAGUUUUGUGGUUGUUCAGUCCUACUUUGGAAGGUUAGGUGUGUUUGAACUGAACAUUGUGUUUUUUUGCUUUUUUUUUUUUCAUUUCUUUGUCUUCAAAGUUUAUGUUUUUGUCCAUCACUCGUUAUCGGCCAUUGAUUUUGAUCUGAAAAUUAUUGAUUGCAAUUGUAGCAAUUUGUGCUCGUCUUGUAUCUGAAGUGAAGCUAAUAGUCCUGCUCCUGGCUGCGGAUUAUAACAGACUAUUUGAUGUGUUGGCUUCAGGCCUGUUGUGAUGGACAUACAAACCCUGUACUUCUUCAAGAUCAAAAUAAAUUAAUCUUCAAAACAGUGGACCAUUGACGAGGUAUUUUUCUGCUGUUUUAUAUGUUAAAAUGCUAUAUGUUCAAAUUUUAAAUGUUAUUACUAAUUCCUACAGCAGACGGCGCUAAGAACUUCACCUGAAGAGCGCGAGAUAUUUGUGAACCAGUUUUUCUCUAUCUGUUGAGGCGAUGUUCCUCCCCUUAAGAUCUGUGAGUGUCAACCACAAUUUAGACUCUUGUGAUAUAAUUCUGAUACCAUGUUGUAUGACUGAGUUGAAAUAAACUGCGUUUGUGUUUAAAUGAA